AUGGCUCGUUUCGCCGCUCUUCUUCCCCUUGCAUAUGCAUUGGGCGCCGUUGCCCAAAGCGUGGCAUACAAUGACCCCAUCACUGGCAUCGACUUUAUGAGUUUCCAGGACUCCGAGUCCGGUGCACGAUUCGGUGUUGCUACACCCAAGACUCUGGGCAAGGACUUUAUUGGUCAGAUUGUUGCUCCCACUACCCAGGGAUGGGCCGGUCUUGACAUGUCCGCCCAGAUGGCGAACCACAUUCUGGUCGUUGCAUGGCCUAACGGCGACGAGGUUAUGGCUUCCGUCCGUGAAGCCUCCGGCUACACCACACCCCCUGUUUACACUGGAAACGCUACCACCAUUCCCAUCGCUAACGGUACCUUUGUUAACAGCACUCACUUCUCUUAUACAUUUGUAUGCAGUGGCUGCAUCACUGGCGAUGCUGACAGUUUCCCUAGCACCGUCAAGGGCAAUGCUUUCGGAUGGGCUUACUCUUCAGACGCACCUGCAAAGCCCUCAGUUGCUGACACUGACUUGAACUUGCACUCUGGAUUUGGUGCAUUCGCUGUCAUCUUUGCCAACUCUGGAUCUGCAGACUACGACACCUGGGCUUCUUGGACUGAAGCAGUCGUCCCCGUCCCCACGACAUCCAGUAACAGCACUGUUGGAUCAAACUCGACCACAGGACAGGCCAACCCUUCUUCCACUCCCAUUGCCACCACAUUGAAUACCACAUACGACUACAUCAUUGCUGGUGCUGGUCCCGCUGGUAUUAUCGUUGCCGAGAGACUUGCCGAGUCUGGUGCCGAGGUUCUCUUGAUUGAGCGUGGUGACGCUUCCACCUAUGCAUCGGGUGGUCGUGCCGUCGAGUCCUGGAAUGAGACCGUGACUCAAUACGAUGUGCCUGCCAUGGCCUACUACCUCUCUACUGCGAGUGUCACUAACGAGUACUGCACUGACACUGCCGAUCAGGCUGGUUGUCUGCUCGGAGGUAGCAGCAUGAUCAACGCUCUGAUGUUUGUUCGUCCCCAAGAACGCGACUUUGACGACAAAUGGCCAACUGGUUGGAAGUGGUCUGAUGUAUCAGCCUCUGCCGAGAGCUUCUACGAGAGGAACCCUGGUACUAUUUCUCCUUCUAAGGAUGGCCAACGCUACGAUCAAGGUGCUUAUGGUGUUCUGUCUACCUUUUUCUCUGCCAACGGAUGGUCCUCUGUCAACGCGCUCGAGGAGCCCAACAAGAAGACUGAUGUUUUCUCGCACCCGCCCUGGAAUAUUCAAGAUGGCCUUCGUGCUGGCCCUGUGUUGACAUAUCUCCCUCUUGCCAAGGCAAAGCAGAACUUCCACAUUCAAUUGAACAGCACUGUCCUUCGCGCUGUCCGCGAAUCUUCCUUUGUCAGUGGUGUUGAGGUUGAGCUGUCGGAUGGCAGCCGUAACAUCAUCAAAGUCAAGACGGGCGGCAAGGUUGUUCUUGCCGGUGGUGCACUGAGCACUCCUCGUAUUCUCAUCAACUCUGGUAUUGGUCCCGCCGAUCAGAUCAAGACUGUUCAGAGCGGUAGUACUGCCGUCAGCCUCCCUGAGGAAUCUGAGUGGAUUGAUCUCCCUGUUGGCAAGGGCCUGAAGGAUCACCCCAUCGUUACCUUGAAGUUCAAGACCAAGUCUCCAUUGUCUUCUUCGGCCACUACUGCUUUCACCGACCCCACCCAAAUGAACAUUGAUUCGUUUGCUCAUGGUAGCGGAUUGCUUGUUCAAGGUGGCCAACGCCUGAACUUCUGGUCGUCGGUCAAGGGAAGCGAUGGUAUCGAGCGAUUUAUCCAAGGAACCUGCAACUCGCCCUCCAACGACACCAUCAAGAUGAAGAUCUACCUUACCCACGGUCUUACUUCCGUCGGCGAGAUUGGUGUUACCGCAGAAGGGAAAACUGAAUAUAUCACUCAGCCAUGGUUCACCACUGCAGAAGAUAAGGAAGCCCUUGCCUCUUUCAUCGACCGCUUGAUUUCCUUCUCCACUUCUGGAAACUCAACCUUGACACUGGAUGCUGGACUUACUGCUUCCUCUAAUGUCACUGGUGCUGAUCUGAUCAAGACUUUUACUACCGGCAGUCACUUUGUGGGUACUGCCAAGAUGGGAACAGAUGAUGGCAGAAAGGGAGGUUCAGCGGUCGUAGAUACUGAUACCAAGGUCUAUGGUACCGACAACUUGUUUGUAGUGGACGCCUCUUUCCACCCUGAUUUGCCUACUGGAAACACACAAGCCAUUGUCAUGGUUGNNCUGCUGAGGCUGCCGCCAAGAAGGUCGCUGCUGUCAAGGUCAGUGGCGAGUCUGCUCCCGAGUNCUUCUUCCUCUGCCGCUAGCUCAUCUACCAUUGUGGCUUCUUCGACCGCCGCUUCAUCUGCCAUUUCGUCUUCCGUAGCCUCGGCUACAGUCACUGCAUCUGCAACCAUCACUUCUGCCCCUGCUUCGCCAACCUCUGAAACCGCUACUUUCACGGGCACCACAGCGAUCACUUCUGUCGCUGUGCCUAGCCCGGCUUACACCCAGGUUCCCAAGUAUGGCCGUUGUGGUGGCAUUGGGUAUGAGGGACCUACCGAGUGUGCGCCUGGCUCAACGUGCAAGUACCAGAAUGAUUGGUAUUAUCAGUGUGUUUAG